AUGGGAGACACUACUUCUGACUUUGAAUUCCCUCUGAUAGACCCUUACGACCAAGGUCUUCACGGCGUCAACCAGCCAGCGAACAUUGCAUUCGUACAAAUCCUCUGGGCCAGUCUCGGUCUCUUAACAGCCAUUGUCGUCUCCAUUCAUCUCACGCUCCGAUGGUUACGCUCCCGGCGAAAGGCCGCUCUGGCAGACGCUCCGAAAGAGAGUAAUCAGGAUGUUUGGUCCCGACCUAUUUUCCCGUGGGUGCCAAACAUGAAGCAACGGUUCUUUUACGCUCCCAUGUUCAGACUGAGGCGUGCGCGACGACUACCCCUUUUCGGAACCUUGCCAACACGCAGCCAUGCAGUUUUUCUCGUUUUCUUCGCCGCCAGCAACAUCGCUUACAUGUUCGCCGUCAACUUCGGCAACCAAAACAUUUACGCCUUGCUUGCUGAGAUUCGCGGCCGCACCGGGACCCUGGCUGUCGCGAACAUGGUCCCAUUGGUCUUGCUUAUAGGACACAACAACCCCCUGACGAGCUUGAUGCAUCUCAAAUACGACAGUUGCAUUAUGCUGCAUCGCUGGAUAGGCCGAAUCAUCAUCUUCGAAGCACUUCUGCAUGGUAUUGCUUGGGCCGUCGUUCAUGUUGCCGAUCGAGAUUGGGCCAGCGUUUGGAAAGAAAUUUGCUGCCACGGAUUCAUCACGGCCGGCUUCGUCGGAUGGGCCGGUCUCGCCGUAAUGCUAGUUUCUACUCUCAACCCGGUCCGCUCCGCAUACUACGAGGCUUUCGUCAUCAUCCACAUCAUAACGGCGUGUGCCAUUGUCGCGGCAACUAUUGUUCACUGCAAGCUAUCUGAAUUCGAACUACCUCAGAUGCCUUGGAUUAUUGCUGUCGCCAUUCUUUGGGCCCUUGAGCGUCUUUUGAGAACUAUCCGGCUGGUACGUCAUACCUUCACACGCCAGGGACGGGCUGUUGCAAUCAUCGAAGCGAUCAGUGGAAGCAGCGAUGUCUGUCGCAUUACAAUGCAUCUUCCGCGCCGCGUCGAUAUCCAUCCCGGUUCGCAUGCCUAUAUACGGCUCGUAGCAGUCAGAUUCUGGGAAACACACCCAUUCUCCAUUGCUUGGGUCAAACACCAGCUAUCACCUAUCGUGCGUGAGUCCUUGGAUGGCUCCGAGGGAAUGAAAAUGACAACGUCUUUAUCUUUUGUCGUAGGCGCUCAUCAGGGCUUCACUCGCGACUUGUUCAGCAGAGUCUCGGCAUCUGGAGGGCGGCUGAAAACGACCGCCACAUUUGAGGGGCCAUACGACGGGUGCACCUCACUUGAUAGCUAUGGCCAUGUGGUCCUCGUAGCCGGCGCCACAGGGAUCACACAUCUGCUCGGAUAUGUCAGACGACUCGUCCUCGGACAUGCUUCACGAACGACAGCAGCGAAACGAAUUGUCCUCGUCUGGAUUGUUCGUCACAGCGAUGCGCUUGAAUGGAUCCAGCCGUGGCUUACUGAGAUCAUGGAACUAUCGAGCUCCUCGGGACUGUUGACUGUCAAAGCAUUCGUCACCCAAGAGAGGCCCCAGCAUUCGAGUGCCCCUGUUGUUGUAUCGUCCACUACCAAGAACGUCGUUUCAUGCCUAUACGAGCGACCAGAUGUCUCAGAAAUCUUGCAGGCAGAAGUUGGAGCCCAAAUUGGUGCCAUGUUCGUUAUGGUGUGUGGCUCGGGGAGCUUAUCGGACAGCGUGAGAGCCGCUGUUCGGCAGUGCCAAAGUUCAGGCAAUGAAGAUAGACUUUGA